GAAAUGAUCCAUAACCAAUAUCAUACUAAUUGUUCGACCAGUAAUCAUUUUACCACUUCACGUUCUUACUAUUGACUUUAAACAUAUUGUACAUUAUUGUUAUAAGUCAAAAUACAUUGAUUUGGAGGAAUGUAGAACAUGCCUUACGCUACAUUCUUGGAUAAAGUUCUUGGACCUAUCGGUGUUUACGAAGGCCAUCGAACUGUAUUUGACGAUAACUUUAUUGAUCGAUUAUGCCAUUAUUACACGAUUAUUGGACUAUUUUUCGGCACAAUUCUCGUGGGAACAGCCGAAUAUGUCGGGAAUCCUAUCGAGUGUUGGUGCCCUGCUGAACUCAGUCCGGAGGAAGUAAAGUAUGUGAACUUUGUGUGCUGGGUUCAGAACACUUACUAUAUCCCGCCAUUUAAACCUGUUCCUUAUGAAUAUGAGUUCCGAUACAGUAACACAAUAUUUUAUUACCAAUGGGUUCCACUGAUACUACUGAUAAUGGCGGUUAUAUGUAAAUUUCCUCGGUUGGUAUGGAAAUAUAUGUCUAAUAGGUGCGGAGUAGGAAUUAAGAAAUUAGUUGAAUUGGCCAAACAGACGCACCUCAAUUCAAAAGAAGACCGGGAACAAAAAUUAAAAUUUGUUGCUCAAUACAUCGAUAAAUGGUGUGUCAAUGUUCGUGCUUAUCGUUCAGGAAUUUUUGCUCCAACUCGUGAACAGGCUGCAAGUCUGUGUGACAUUGGCUGUGGACGUCACCAUGGAAACUACCUGAUAAGCAUUCGUAUAAUGGUCAGAAUUAUGUAUUUUGCUGUUUCAUUCGGACUUCUCUUCUUUCUUAACGAAUUUCUUCAAAAUGAUAUAUAUGUUUACGGAUAUGACGUCAUAAAUAAAUUCUUGGCUGGCCAAGAUUGGUCGUUAAAUCACGUGAGAUUUCCAAGAGUCACGCUAUGUGACUUUGACCUUCGUCAGUUGUCAAACAUUCAGAGGUACACGAUGCAGUGCGUACUUCCGGUUAACCUUUACAACGAAAAACUAUUUAUAAUCCUAUGGUUUUGGAUGACUUUGAUAUCAGUGAUGUCCUUUCUGAACGUCAUUUAUACACUUAUCGUCGCUCUAAUGAAGAAGCCGAGGAAAAACUUCAUUAAAAAGUAUUUACGACUCAACGAACUUUACGAGAAGAGAGAACGAGACGCAUUAACUAAAAAAUUACUACAAAAAUUUGUAGAUUUGCAUUUAAAACAUGACGGAAUAUUUCUACUACAGCUCAUGUCAAAUAAUGUUGGCAGUGCCGUAAUGGAAGAUGUUAUAAAGCAUCUCUGGGACCUAUAUCGUGAUAGGCAGUUUCAGAUUAAUAACGGGACAGUCCCUAAACCUGCCGAUAAAAACUCUUACGUGUCUUAUAGAAGUAGUAAUGGGACAUUAUCGAAAGACUUUAAAAAGACGCUAGCAAAUGAAAGUUUUGUAUAACAGAAACAAGUACAUUUAGCAUGUUUAGAGAUGAAAGUAUUUUUUUAAAGAGUAAAACACACUGAGUCUAACUUAUAAAUGUGUGAAAACUGAUCGUAUAGUUUGUGAUACUUAAAUUGUUAUAGAGCUACUAUUAUUGUCUUUAACAUUUUGGUUGUGUUAAUUAAAAAAAACAUUGCACCUGGCAUUUUUUUGGUGCGAAAACUAAUGUGAUAAAUCAUGAUUUGAAUGAGAUCUACACUUGUAAAAAAAACCUGUCACUCAGUUAUUUUAUUGUAAGUUUUUUGUAUCAUCAUUUCAAUAUUUUCUACAUUUCACCAAAUAGCAAUACGUUAGUGUGCUUGCUAGAAUUUUUAAUUAGAUGGAAGCUUAAGGAAGACGUUGUGUUGAAAAUGGAACACAUAUCUCAUUUCAUCUACGAUUGUACAUGUAUACAGUCUAACAGCAGAGGAACGGAAAUCAGAAGACUUUUACAAAAAGUCGGUAACCAUAGGAACUGAAAUCAAAAGACUUGUUUACAUCUGAACAUAUAUAUAUACUCACCGACCGUGCGAGGGCUUUACAGCCAGUCAAAGUCGUUAAAAAACGUAUGUAAUAUAUACUCAUAAAUUAUUUUUCACUCCAUCCAUUACAUUUUUUUUUACUAUUAUUUUUUACACCACACAUUUUAUAUUUUUUGUUUUUGUUUUUUAUUACUUUAUUUUGCAUUUCAUAUGUUUGUGCAUUUAUCAUUUAUUUUUUGAAUUAUAUUUUUAUGUAUUAAUUUAUAAUCACUUUUAUAUUUUGUUUUUCUGAAAAAGAUAUUGCUUUGUAGAUGAAGAUUUGUUUAUUUGUUUAAUAAACAUUUUGGAAAAUCUU